GAAGUACUGGUCCUUCAUUUACGGCUUCUCCAUCUUUAAACCAGCUGUACCCAUAUGAACCUUCUCCACCAUCGCAGCGGUUUUUGCAGCCCUAUAAAAGGGUCUUGGCCAGUGAGUGGUCUCAGAAAGAAGAACCAGCAGCCUCAGUGAGAUAAGGAGCAGCUCAGACCUCUGCUCUCGACAUGGAGAUGACUUCUAAACUUAUGUUUCCUAUCGUGGCGAUUUUCCUUCUCGUCGCCUGCAGUCCGUCGGAGGCUUGGUACAAGCAGGUGGCCGGACCGAACUACUACUCGGUGGGCAGAGCGUCCGGCUUGCUGUCCGGGAUCCGGAGGUCGUCAUCGUACGCAAGGAGAGAAGAAUCCCCCUCAGAGAGCGGAGAGUCUGCCACCAGCAGCGUCUUAUCUCAGUUCCUCUCUCAUAACUCUGUUUUAAAGACGAUGCCUCUUUGCAUUAAAGACAUUACCCCAAACCUGCAGAGCUGUGAACUCUUCCAGGAAACCAAAGGAUCUCUGAAAUGCAAAGCAGAUGUCUUCCUCUCGCUGGACUCCUCAGACUGUGAAGGAGACUGAUUGCUGUCCUUGGAUCAUGAAGCAUAAUUCUUAAAAGGACAUUUAAAAAAAA